AUGGUUGAUUGGGAUAUGCUACAAAUAGAGGAAAAACAAGAUGAGGAAGGAAGGAUACAAAUAAUCACCGAUGACCAAUUGUAUUUGUUGUUGGGAUUGAGGGAUGAGGAUGAAAAGGCAGAGGAAGCUAGACAGAAUGCAGCCAAAGCAAGUGCUGAAGGAGUCUCUGUUGUGGAUGGUACUCAUGGUGCAGCCAUACCCAUUGAUGAUGCUAUCCCAGAGGAGAGGGUGAUGGUGCAUGACAAGAAUAACCCUUGCAUGGAUCUUGGCUCUAAGUACCCUAACAUGAAGGAAUUUCGAUUGGCUAUGAGACAAUUUGCUAUGAACAAGGAAUUCGAAUUGGGAAUCGAGAAAACUGAUCCAAGUAGAUAUAGAGGGUACUGCAAAGGUGAUGGUUGCUGUUGGCGCAUUGUUGGCCGCGUGCAGUCUGACAACAAGACUAUUAUGGUUACUGUAGUGAUGGAUGGUCACACAUGUACAUCUAGUAGCCGCAGGAAGACUACUACACCUACAAGUGCCUGGGUUGCUGAUAAGGCUAUUCCAAUUCUUAGAAAGAGUCCCAAUAUGGGUGCCAAAGAGUUACAGAGCAGACUGCAGGAUGAUCACAAAUGCACCAUUGCAUAUGACACAGUGUGGAAGGGAAAAGAGAAAGCUUUGCAGGAGUUGUAUGGUAGUUGGGAAGAGAGUUUUCAACAAUUGUACAAUUGGAAGGUAGAGGUAUUGAAGAGGUCACCAAGUAGUGUGAUUGAGAUUGACACCAAGGAGGUUGAUGGCAGGGUUUAUUUUCAUAGGUUUUUUUGUGCUCUUGGCCCCUGCAUUGAGGGUUUCUUAGGAGGAUGUAGACCAUACCUGAGUAUAGACUCCACUGCAUUAAGUGGAAGGUGGAAUGGGCAUUUAGCUUCAGCAUGUGGUCUAGAUGGCCAUAAUUGGAUGUAUCCUCUUGCUUUUGGCUUCAUGGUCUCUGAAACAGAGGAUAAUUGGACUUGGUUUAUGAGGCAGUUGCAUAAGGCGAUAGGAGAUCUUCCACUGCUUGCUAUUUGUACAGAUGCUUGCAAAAGAUUAGAGAAUGCUGUGAAAGAGGUGUUCCCUCGUGUUGAACAAAGGGAGUGCUUCAGGCAUCUUAUGCAGAAUUUCAUCAAGAGAUUCAGUGGUGACACCUUUCAACAAAUGCACCAUUCAUUGCUGUGGAUGAGAUGUGCCUUCAACCCGGCUAUCAAGUGUGAUUAUGUCACCAACAAUUUAGCUAAGUGUUUCAACAACUGGAUCUCGGACAUAAAGGAUCUUCCUGUCACUGAGCUUGUUGACAAGUUGAGGGAGAUGAUAAUGAUUCUGUGGGAAAAGAGAAGAAGGAUUGGAGAAAGGUUGCAUGGCAAGAUACUACCAGCAAUCCUACAUCAACUGAAGGCAAGGACUAGAGGAUUAGGACACUUGACAGUUGUGAAAGCUGACAGUAAUGCUGCACAAGUGUGGGACAAUAGCAACAAGCAGGCUAGGCAUGUUGUAAAGUCACAUGAACAUGAGUGUACAUGUCUUGAGUGGCAGCACACCGGAAAGCCUUGUCAGCAUGCUUUGGCCUUCAUAACAACACAACAGGCUAGGAAUGUGAAGAUGGAGAACUUUGUUGAUGACUACUACUCGUUGGAAAAGUUCAAGGAAGUGUAUAAGAGAUUGAUAGAGCCACUUCCGGACAAGUCACAAUGGCCAAAUGUGGAGCUGCCAUUUGAAUUGGGUGCACCUCUUGCCAAAAGUUGGAAGACAAAGAAAAAAGAGGAUCAAAGGCUGCCUUGA